CUGGGCGACGGGCCGGGGCAGGGACGGCAUGACGAAGGGCUUCCGCGGCUGCUGCUCGCGCGACAAGGCCGUCGCGCGGGAGUUGAAAGAAGUCCUGAGCACGAUGGAAUCGAUGUCCGAGAAGAUCAUCACGAACGUUGACGAGACCGUUCCGCCCGUCCUCGCGCUGACGAACGGAGCCGAGGACCAAGAGCAACCCCUGGGUCCUGCACGGCAUGUGCCAGCGUGCCGGAACCGACCAGUGGGCUGGCCCCGUGAUGGAGAGACGGGCUCCGGCUCCUUCGUGGACAUGCAGCUGCGCGUGCCGGAGGACCCCCCGAUGCGGCAAAGACUCCAGAAAGCCAGAUCACGGAGCUCAUCCACGCCUGCGCGGCCAAGUGCAUGCACCUCGAGAGCAAAGGUAACGUCAUGGGCCUGAAGAAGAUGAGAUACAGGCUCGGCCC